GAAUAUUCAAGAUUGGGAGGGUUAGUAUGUUCAACCUAGAAAUGAAUGGUACGCGCUGCUUCGUUUUUAAGAUCCUUUGGGGGCUUUUCGUGCUGGGAGUAGCUGGCACAGAGUUUGAGAAAGUCUUCGAAUGGAAACAGAUAUCCUACACGAAUUUGCCGGAUCGAAGCAAAGGUUCUACCGACAAUGAAACGUUUCAGGCGUACAACAACGUCCCCAUGGGUGCGACGCAUCACAAAAACCGCCUGUUCAUCACCAUUCCUCGCCGAAGACCCGGCAUUCUGGCCACGCUGAACGUGAUCGAUAUGACGAAGGUGUCACGAGGUGAUCGUAGCCCACCGCUCCAAGCCUACCCCUCAUAUUCGAUCAACGAACUGCAGCCACAGUACGAACCCGACCUGCACAAGCUGAUCUCGGUGUACCGCACCAGGGUGGAUGCCUGCGAACGGCUCUGGUUCGUCGAUACGGGUAUGCUCGAGUAUCCCGGUAAUCGAAUGCAGGUGCAGCGGCCCCAGAUCUGGAUUAUCGAUUUGAAGCGCGACCAGCUGGUCCAGCGGUACACGAUACCGGCAUCGAUCGUACGGGAAGGCGUCGGUAUGGCCAGCCUCACCGUGGACGUGGAAGCGACGGAUUGCGAUGCAGCUUACGCUUACAUCCCGGAUCUUGUCGCAAACGCGAUCCACGUGUACGGUUUGCGCGAGAACGACAUGUGGUCGUUUAACCACAGCUCCUUCGCACACGAUCCUACCCGGGCCGCGUUGAACGUGGCCGGCCAGAGGUUCGAGUGGGACGAUGGAGUGUUUUCGAUAGCGCUCGGACAGAACGAUACGCUGGCCAGUGGGAAGAUGGUGUACUACCAUCCAAUGGUUAGUACGACCGAGUUCGGGACGUUUACGAACGUGCUGCGAAGCAAAUGGAUUGCACUGUCGGGAAAUUACGCCAGUCUGUUCGAGCCGUUGGGUGACCGCGGUCCUAAUACACAAUCCACGAUGCACCAUUACGAUGCGCGUACCGGGGUACUGUUCUAUGCGGAGAUAAACCGGAACUCUAUUGGCUGCUGGAACACGAGGCAAGUGUGCGAGGCCGGCAAUCACGCGGUUGUGCAUCUGGACAAUCGGGAGCUGAUCUAUCCGUCCGACCUGACCAGCGACUCCGACGGUGUGCUGUGGGUGUUGACGAAUAAUUUGCCCGUGUGGAUUUACGGGCGGUUGAACGAGAGUGACUACAAUUUUCGCAUAUGGCGCCAGGAUCCGGCCGUCGCCAUCCGGGGUACAAAGUGUGACAAUGUAGCUUAGAAGCUGUUUGGACCGAUGAGACAUCUAUGACCGUACAUAUUGGUUUCAGGGGAUUAAACAAUAUUUUCGUCCAAAUAUAAAGUGAAUACAUUUACAUGAAUUGCAA